UAGUAACCUUUAAACUUGCGGACAAACUUUGUUGCUCUACGAAACGGCUCUUCUCACGGAAUGUGAACCUUCCAUGACCCGAUGUCGACGAUAAGAAUAACCACAGCUUGGACAAAGAUCACACGUUUUACUUUUCCCCGUUUUCCGGUUUUCAGAUUUAAGAUGAGUCAAAGUGAACCAACUGAUGCAGGACCAGAUCAUCUACAAAGAACAUCACACAACACAAGAAACCCUACUGUGACAUCAGCUGUAGUGACCAGUAUACGACAGGAAUCAGAAACCGUGAAAGGCCUAACACUCAAAAUAGAGGACAAAGACUUUACCUUCAAAGCUGGUCAAUGGGUUGACUUCUUCAUUCCGGGUGUUGACGUAUUCACAGGGUAUUCAAUGUGCUCUUCCGCCAAAAAACUGAAAGACGAAAACCUCAUGGAUUUAGCUAUUAAAUAUAGCGACUACCCUCCCACUGAAUGGGUUCACAAAGAGUGUCAAGAAGGUAGUGAAGUAUCCAUUCGAGCAGGGGGUGAUUUUUAUUAUGACCCACAGCCGACUGACUCCACCACAGAUGUCUUACUUAUAGCAGGUGGUGUAGGGAUCAAUCCCUUGUAUUCUAUGUUCUUGCAUAACGCAGAUCUACACCAAAGAAUGAAAGAAAACAGUGAUUCAUACAAACCAGGGAAGACUACACUUUUAUUUAGUGCAAGUAAUCACAGUGAACUCAUCUUUAAGAAAUCCAUUUUAGAACUCUGCAAGAAAACACCUAAUAUGAACUGUCAAUUUUUUGUUACUAAAGAAAAGCACAAAGAUAAUUUUGGAUCAGAAACUUCAGUUGGACGUAUCAAUAAAUCUGUACUGAAAAUGGCCCUUGAAGAAAUGAAGAUUGACAAAGUAAAAAUUUACAUCUGUGGACCAGCUUCGAUGAUUGGUGACAUAGAAUCAAUAUUGCAUUCUCUCGGUGUGAAUCCCAAACAGAUUGCAUAUGAAAAAUGGUGGUGAUCUCUAGCAAUACG